CAGAAAAAUUGAAUCUUGACAGAAUCAUAGCUGAUGAGGAAGAAGAAAUGACUAGGAAGAUGAUAAUAGUGAGCCUUUGGUGCAUUCAAACAAUUCCAUCAAACAGACCAUCAAUGAGUAAGGUACUUGAGAUGUUACAAGGAAGCCUUGAAGCUUUGCCACUUCCACCAGAACCUUUGUUGUCUUCUCCUGCAGCAAUAUCACCCCAAAUCUCCAACACCACAUCAUCAGUCAUAAUGCAGGGGGUUCCAAGAACUUUGGAGACGAAUUCACUACUUGAUGACGUAUCUUCAAAUACAUAGAAAUGGUGUCUGCUGCAUUUUUUAUAACAGAAAAGCAUAGUUCUGUUACUAGAAGUCAAACAUCCCCUGCAGAUGGUAUUCAAAAGUUCAGCAUAUUUUCCCCUGUAUUUUCUUAAUCCUCUAGUCUUCAUGCACCACUGUGAAAUCAUCCCUAUUCUCCAUGAAUAACACUCCUUCGAUUUG